AUGUGUCGGCCAUUACUUUACACAAGGCGUGAUUCUAAAGGAGCGGAGGAGCGUAUGAAUGGAAGGGACGGCGUGCGACGUGAGCAUUCAGCGAGCAUCGGUUCCGCCACUACCGACCUUCUCUUCAUGGGUCGGCCACUUCCGCACAGGUUUAUUGUAAGUUGGCUCAUGCUAGUCGGUAUUCUUGUACUUUCGUUAGCAUAUCACGUGCCUUCCUACACAACGAGUUAUGUGAAACGCAAAGCAGUUCUUGGGCAUUUUUUGGCUGACGAUUAUCUUGGUAAGGAGAGCGGAGAUAUUGUGCGUCUCCCCACCGUUUUCGUCCAUAACCGCAAGGACCUUUUCUCGAGAAUUGAAGACUUUGUCGCGGCAUUUUACGAGUUGGCUGCUGCAGCAGAGGCGGAACUGAAGUAUCAUUAUUACAUGAGUGCUGCUACGGGUAAGGGAACGGAAUUCCUUCGAUACAUUUUGAACGGGGAGACACCUCAGCGUGUUGAAGAGAUGGAUAGAAUACUUACUAAGGAAAUGAAUAAUCUUGCUGAUACUAGCGAAGCGGAAACCGUCACGAUUAAUGCGGUGACACCCGUGAAGAUGGACGUGGAAUUGUUUGCCUUUGGUUCACGAGAGCAUAUCGGACCUUCCGAUACAAAAAUAUUUUCAGUGACAUUGACCGAGGAAGAUCCUCUAGGACCGUUUGCCAGUGAAUAUAGGGAUUGGAGUAAUGGAAGUAGCAAAACAAAUGACGGCGAGGAAGAGUAUAGCAGUCGGUACUCGCGUGCGGAAACGUCUUCAGGUAAUGUUUUAGAUUCCCCACCCAAUAUUCGAAUAAAUACCGCAUGCGCACCGAGGCUCAGUACCCUCUCUGGGAAAUACUACAGCCCCUGUAGGAGACAAAUUAAGGGCGACGCGGCCACUAAUGCGGAUGUUUUUUUCUUUUCAUUGACGGAUAAUGUGCGUAGUAUACGUUUGCGUGGGACACUCCCACAAGUAAUCGCCAAGCUGACCGACGGUUCUCGAUCUACCAGUGGUUUUAGUAUGAUUAUAUACCAGUGGACGAUCGAAGUCAAAUUCUUCUUCCACCGUGGCGGCUAUGUUGAGACCACAUACAAUAUUAUAUCAACUGCAAAACAUAUUCAACCUCGUAUUCAUCCGCGAUUUCUCCUCACUUCAGUAAUGUUUCUGCUUGCUCUUUUGGAUAUGGCGAUCAGGUUCCGUGCACUUAAGUCCGCGAUUUCUUUUCGACGUGAAGCGGCUGCCGAAAAGAGUCGUGAAGGUGGUUAUUCACUUCCUAGGGCCAGAGAAGGUGUUGGUUCAGGCAGGAAAUGUCACUCGGAGGGAACUGAUGUUGAAUCAUCUCCGAGUGAAAUUGAUGGGGCAGACAGUGAUCGUGGUGUCACUAUGCUUAUUGUGAAGAGCUUGAAACGGUGGGUGCGACAUCACGCUGAUCAGUGGAUAAUGCACAGAACGUCUCGACCAGGGGCCCGUGACUCCGGGCCAGUUGGUUUCAUGAAUAUGUACGAGCAGUGGCAUCACCGUUUGCAGGAGAAGGGAGGCGAUGGAUGGCAUUUUGUUGGUCUGGUCGCCGACCUUCUCAUUUUGCUAUACGUUUCCUUAUUUUCUGUGAGGCUGUUUGGCGUACAGUUGUCUUGUUUUUUUGAUGCGGUGGAAAACAUGACAUUAGGGGUGGCUGCCUUCUUCGUUUGUGUGAAUCUUCUUUCGCAAUCGCGGUAUUUCCCCGAAAUGUACUUCAAUGUACAGGCGAUGCUUCGUCUCAUCUCGAAGCUGUUUCUUGGUAUGUUGAGUAUUCUGCCAAUGUUCAUUGGUUUUGUUUUGUUUUACUGCAUGGUCUUUGGACCACAUAGUGACGGUCGCUUCACCGAUGUGAACUACUCUUUCAUGACACUUUACUUCAUGAUGUUCGGUGACGCCCUCGUUCCCGCAAUUGCUUCCGCCGGGGGUUCUUCGUUUUCUCUAGCGACCUUCCUUGCGAAUACUGUGACUGUCGUAUACAUACUUCUGGUGAUUAUAGCACUGAACCUGGCCAUGUCCAUCACACAAUAUCAGUGGGUGCGCCAGCGCCGUAAAAUUGGUGGAAAGGAUACAUUACUUACAUUCCGUACCCGUGAGGACGUGAGAGUGGAAGUGUUGGAGGACAUCACUGACAGUAUAGAAGUACUGCUUCAGCUUGAGGCCACCGAAGUGAGCGCGAGGGAAAAGAAAACCAGAAGUGAUGUUGCGGCAAGUGACAGCAGCGCUGUGAGCGUGUAG